GUUAAUUAUUCCAGAGCAAUGCUCACCAAUGGGACAUUUAAAAGGUUGCAGUUUGGAGAAACAGGGGAGUCUGGACGAGUUUGUGUGAGGAAAGUUUAUUACCAUGGCUAAGCUAGUGGAAUGUGUCCCCAAUUUCUCAGAGGGGCGUAACAAAGAGGUAAUUGACGCCAUAGCUGAUGCCAUCUCUGGGACCGAGGGGUGCAGUCUGUUGGAUGUAGAUCCAGGUUCUUCCACUAACAGGACAGUCUACACGUUUGUGGGCUCACCUGAGGCCGUAAUCGAGGGUGCACUGAACGCUGCUCGGGUUGCGUUUAAACUCAUAGACAUGAGCAAACACUCAGGUGAGCACCCUCGGACUGGUGCCAUGGAUGUCUGUCCCUUCAUACCGGUGCAAAAUGUCACCAUGGAGGAGUGCGUACAGUGCGCAAAUGCAUUUGGACAGAGGUUGUCUGAUAUGUUGCAUGUGCCAGUAUAUCUCUAUGGAGAAGCGGCUAGAAAAGAAAGCAGGAGGUCUCUACCUUCGGUCCGUGCAGGCGAAUAUGAAGCAUUACCAGAUAAGCUGAAAAAGAGCGAAUGGGCCCCUGAAUAUGGACCUGCCAAUUUCGUCCCCUCUUGGGGAGCCACCGUUACCGGCGCUCGAAAGUUUCUCGUUGCCUACAAUGUAAACCUGUUGAGUACAAAGGAACAAGCACACAGAAUCGCCCUGGAUAUAAGAGAACAGGGUCGUGGUAAAGAUCAACCCGGGCUCCUGAAAAAGGUUCAGGGUAUGGGAUGGUAUCUGGAGGAAUCAAACCUGGCUCAGGUGUCCACUAACAUCCUCGACUUUGAGCUGACGCCCGUACACACCGUGUAUGAAGAAAUCUGUAGAGAUGCUAAAGAUCUGAACCUGCCAGUAGUUGGCUCCCAAAUUGUGGGUCUUAUCCCAUUGAAAGCAAUGUUGGACUGCGCUGACUUCUAUAUACGGCGAGAAAAUCUCUUCGUUGUGGAGGAUGAGCAUAAAAUUCGACUGGUUAUCAGCAAACUAGGACUUGACUCCUUGGGGCCGUUCAUUCCAAAAGAGAGAAUCAUAGAGUAUAUGGUGCGGGACAGUCAGGACGGCGGGCAGCUGGCUUCUUUGUCUUUGCAGAAGUUUGUCCACAGUGUCGGCGCCAGAACAGCGGCACCUGGUGGAGGCUCUGUCUCUGCAGCGAUCGCCGCCAUGGGUGCAGCGCUGGGCUGCAUGGUCGGACAGAUGACUUACGGAAAGAGGCAGUUUGAUUCCCUGGAUGCGGAAAUGAGAAGAUUAAUACCUCCUUUCCACGAAGCCAUGAAUGACUUGCUGCUCAAAGUGGAUGCUGAUUCAACCGCCUUCAAUAGCUACAUGACUGCACUGAAACUGCCUAAAGGCACUGCAGAUGAGAUCAAAAGACGAGAGGAGGCGAUGCAGGAGGGUCUAAAGCAGGCGGUGGGUGUGCCGCUCUCCCUGGCCGAAAAAAUCGGCACGUUGUGGGCACCGCUUAAAGAAAUGGUGAAGUAUGGAAAUGUGGCCUGCUUAUCAGAUGUUCAGGUCGCUGCGAAAGCUUUGGAAACGGCAGUAUUUGGAGCAUACUACAACGUCAUCAUCAAUCUAAAAGACAUAACAGAUACUUCGUUCAAAGCCGCUACUGAAGCGAGAAUAUCCGAGCUGUUGAAGAAAGCCAGAGAAAGUGCCAACGUGGCGCUGGAAAUCGCAGACCACAGGAAAUGAAAUCGCAGUUGAACCAUCACUCACGUGGGCAUUGCCAAAAAUCUGUAUUUUCUUACAAAACAUAAUUUUUUUCCUGAAACAUGCAGGAAUAUAUUGGUUUUUAUAUUGCUAAUAUAUUUGGUGUCCAAUGUAUUUUUUCUGCAUUUUUUAAAGGGCUAUAUAAAAUUACAAUUUCAGCUAUGUAAGACGCAUUUUACAGAACAUAUUAUAUUGUUUUGUCCUAUGACAAUGACAAGUACCAAAUUGUUAAAGGGCACCUAUUAUGGCCUUUUUUACAAGAUUUAAUAUAAAUCUCAGGUGUGCCAAAAUAUUCCACAGAUCAUUUAUUAUAGCAUGUCCAAAAUGCCCCUAUUUGGGUGGGAGCAGAAACAAACGUUUUAAUGUCUGUACCUUUAAAUGCAAAUGAGCUACAGCUCCUCACUUCCUUACAAACAUACAGUGAGCUCUUUCACUUAAAAUAGAUCUGAUAAAUACAGUUUGAGACAAUAGUAUCUAGUUGACAAAGUACUCGUUGAGGGUAAUGCAGGACUGUAAGUGGGCGGGGCUUUAUAAAUGUGACAUCACGGUGCUUUGGUUUAAAUGGGGAUAAUAAAAACAAGGAGCGGGUGGAUUUUUUUCAUUGUAGGGUCGUUGUGUUCACACAUUGCCAACACACAUUAUGUCCAAAAACCCAUAAUGUGAAUUUUGCAUAAUAGGUGGCCUUUAAAAUAAUUUAAUAUGUAACCAUGUGAAUUAAGCAAAAAAAAAAAGACUUUUGGACACCAAAUGUACAAUUAUAUAAUCAAAAAUACCCAUAAUGUUUCCUGAAUGAAACAAAAAUGUCUGAAUAAUUGUGAAUGUUUUGUUCUGAUUAAGUUUUAUUUAGUCCUCGUAAAAUUUGUUUGUAAUUACCUAAAAUUGUGUGAAUUGAUUCAUGUAUCAAUCUAAGUUUUAUUAAACAUUUUAACAAAA